UAAACUUUGGCUAUAAAAGUGGCUGGUUGUUGGACUUCCGAAUCAUAUCAGUUUCUGUUCAAUCAGCAGCUCCAACAAUCAGUCCAAGAUGUUCAAGUUUUUCGCUCUCUGCCUGUUCGCUCUGGUGGCCGUGGCCUGUGCCAAGCCACAGUUCCUCACCGCCUACAAUGCCGCCCCCGUUGUGGCUGCCACGCCCUAUGCCGCCUACACCGGCGGCCUCUACGCCUCCCCCUACUCGGCCGCCUACACCAGCGGCGUCUACGCCUCCCCCUACGCCUACAGCGCCGCCUACCCCUACAGCUCCCUCUACCUCCGGCGUUAGUUCCAUCCGUGUGACGAGGAUCCACUGUACCAGUACAGUAAUUGCUGCUGAUGAUGACAAUGACCUAAUGAACAAAUAAACCUCAUAAAACAGA